AUGUUGCUGCUGAGUGUUGCGUCUCUCUGCGCCUCAGCGGAGACGCCUUCCCCUACUGAAGACAAUCGUGGUAAUUGCCCUGAUGGUACUGACGAUACUGCUCGUUGCUCUUCUCCUGCUGAACCUGCUGCUAUUUCUGCUGCUGCUGCUAGUGCUGCCGCUUCUUGUACUGAUGGUGGUGUUUCUACUGGAUCUACUGGUGAUACUUGUACUCCUGCAGCUCAAGGUCUACCUUCUGGAUCUGGUGUUAGUGGUGGUGGGAAACCAUCUACACAACCAAACACUGAUCCAACAGGAAAAGAAGAUGAAGGUCCUUCUGCUGGUGAUCCCGCUACUCCUGAUAGUGCACCAAAUGUAAGAGCUGAUGGAGAAGGUCGCCCUGGUGAUCAAGAUGAAAACAAAACUCCGGAGCUUCGAGAUGGAACACGACCAGAUAGUGGUCCUACUGCAGGUGAAGGUACAACUGAAAUCAGCAGCAACAGUGAAGGAAGUGGAAGUGCACCAUCACAGGCUCCACCUUCCUCCACCACUUCAGAAACAGCGAGUAACGGUGGUUCUAAUGCUGCUACGACUGAGACUGAUACAACUUCUGCAGAGAGUGAAUCAACAAGGAACCAAAGUGAAGAAGGAGCAGGAAAUACAGAAACAACCACUACCACCACAACAACAACAACACUUCCUCCUGAGACUAAAAACAACAAGAAGGGUGAUGCAGACAGCAGCAGCAGUAUCAGCAGUUCUGUGUGGGUGCGUGUACCACUACUGAUUGUGGUUACACUGUCCUGUANGUGA